UACGACUGACAGUUUCUUCCUUCCUGGUGUAGCCGUUAGCUCUGUGGCUGUUCCACCGGCUGUUUGAAUGGUUUCAGCGGCGGAAAGCAACCCACAACUGGAAUGAGAGUAUAAUAUAAAUAGAGUUAACGUUAACGCUCAAUCUAAAGACAAGCAGAAGCCCCACCGAAACAAGGUGAGCGGCUGAGGGAGCGAGAGCGCGUGUGAGAGAAGGAACGAGCGAGGGACGCCAUGGAGCAGCAGAGGCAGAGAUCGCUCUCCACAUCAGGAGAUUCGCUGUACGCCGUGCUGGGAGUUGAUAAGUCUGCAACGACGGACGACAUCAAGAAAUCUUACAGGAAACUAGCAUUGAAGUUUCACCCUGACAAGAACCCGGACAACCCAGAUGCAGCUGAGAAGUUUAAGGAAAUUAACAACGCCCACUCAAUCCUCAGCGAUGGCACCAAGAAGAACAUCUACGACAAAUACGGCUCGCUGGGGCUCUACGUGGCGGAGCAGUUUGGAGAGGAGAACGUCAACACCUACUUUGUUCUGUCCAGCUGGUGGGCGAAGGCAUUGUUCGUCUUCUGCUGCCUAUCCACGGGCUGCUACUGCUGCUGUUGCCUGUGCUGUUGCUGUAACUGUUGCUGCGGUAAAUGUAAACCUCGGCCGCCCAUGGACCAGGAGCCGGAGUUCUACGUCUCCCCCGAGGACCUGGAGGCCCAGAUGACCGCUGACGAAAGAGAUGGUGGUGAGCCCAUUGUGAUGCAGCCAUCCUCAGCCACAGAAAACACCCAGCUCACCUCUGAUGCCCACCAAAGCUACAGAACCGAUGCAUACUAGACACAGACACACGCACAGCGCGAGCCCGACAACCACGGCUAUAGCAUUAAUCCAUAAGACAAACACACACACACCAGCAAAUACUAGAUAGCAUCUCUCACUGUCAGCCAACCAAAACAUUUACCUUUGAUUCACGUUUAUUUUACAUUUUCAAGUGAAGUGAAGGGAAAAGGGGG